AACAAAGUGUUUCCUCUUAGUAUUUGCAAUCGGAAAAAAGUAUUUGGAAAUAACAAUAAUAAUGAAAAUAGUGGAAUUCAUCGGCGUUAUUCGUCGCAUACGUGGCUCCAGAUUUCUCACCUUCGAGUGGCAGAAAGUGUAAACACGUUUGUUUUGUCGACGACCUCGUAUUUAUUUUACCAACUUUGUACGACUAGUGAAAACUCAUUUUUUUCAAUAGUGCCUCAUACCGUGCUUCAUUUUUUCUCAGAAUAAUAGCUUUUGGUGCUUGUGAAAUUUUAUUCGUUCGAAAAACGUACGCAAGACGAUCGUCGGUCACCGCCGCUUCGAAGUGAUGUCGAAUAUCGAUCGAGCGAUCGAACACUGCGCUUUGACGGUGUUCCAAUUAUUAUUAUUAUUAUCAUAAUCAUUUACGAUUUUUUGAGUGGAGAACCACACGUGAAAGAGAAUAAUGUGGCUCGAAUUUUUCGAAUGUCAACAUCGAAUUCUCGGCGAUUGUUCAAUGUUCGUAGUUUCGUGGUGUUAUUCGACGGAGACGUAAGCCAAUGGUUUUUUACCGCAAAAUUGUGUUUCGAGCGUUCACAUUCUGGUUCGAUAAUUCGCUUUGAAUUUCUAUGAAAAUUCAUCGAAGCGUCAGGAAUUUUUUAAGGAUUGACGUAUACUAAAAUUAAUUCAUUCGCAUUUAAAAGAAAACGACAAGAAAAUUAAGCAGAAUCUUACGAAGAUCGUCACAAAAAUAUGUCGACGCGUGGAUCGAAAAAUUCAAAAAAAGGCCGAAUAUUAUUUAGCGCAAAGAUAAUUUCCGGAAUAUUCGUCAAGUAAAAUCGGAAUAAUCGGAAAACAUGAGCGAUUCUGAUGAGAAGCGUCCAACUCCCAGUUCGUGAAUGGAAAAAAACACCACAAUGAGAAAAAAGAAAGAAAAUCUGGAAAUAAUACGAGAAACGUUUCUCGAAUUGAAUUUGAAUUUCUUGAAUAAGGGAAGCAGUCUCGAGACGUUGAAAUUCGUUGUGCGGGACGGACGAGUGAAAAAUGGUACGAAGAAAGUCGCGGGGCAAUUGCCGAAACGAAUAAUCAUUGGGAUUUUAUUGUCAAUGUUGUUAGGAGCGCUAGUGGAAAUGGGAAUUCUGGGAAAAAUGAAAAAAUACUUUCUAGAAAGGAGGUGUUUGGUGGGAAAUAAUUAUUUAGUGUGGGAACUAACGAGGCCUGUGUCGAGUUGCGAUUUUUGUCGCGACGUCGAUGCGGCGCUGGUUUUGCCGAACGUGACCAGGAGUCAAUUUCAAGGCAACGCUUAUUCUUCGCGUCCCAUUAUCGUGAAAAGUGCAGCUUCUCAUUGGCAGGCCUCGAAAAUUUUCAAUAUUACGUUUUUCCGAAGUAUUUACGAAAACUUUGAGGACGCUUACAACUCGAUCGACGAAGAGUGUCAAUUUCUGCCGUUCAAAUCAGACUUACAAAAUUUGCGCGAUGUUUUGGAAAUGAGCGAUAAACGUGCCGCUAAACAUCCGGGUGAAGAGUCCUGGUACGUUGGAUGGAAAAACUGCCAUCCUGAGAUUUUAAAAAUUUUAAAUACUUUCUACGAUCCUCCACAUUUUCUACCGAACGACGCCGAAGUUCCAGCAACCAAUUACAUUUUUCUCGGUUACGACGAAGGCGCCGUUAUGCACCUGGAUUACAUACCUCGACUCAUGUGGCAAGGUCAAAUAAUCGGGAGGAAAACAUGGACCGUGGCGCCGACACCGGAGUGUGAACACGUCUGCAAAACAUUUAGUUUCUCCGUCGAUACGGGAGAUGUCGUACUGUUGGACACAAGAAUUUGGUACCACGGGACGCGUGUCGAAGAUGGACUGCUUAGCUUAACAAUCACCUCGGAAUAUGGUUGAAUUUUAAUUCAAUUUUUCCAUCACUUUUUAGAGGAGCAUAAUUGUUUUCAUAAAUUAAAACACUUCGAAUCGGCGUGUAGUUUUUUUUGAUAAUUAUUCGAAACGUAGUCAACGAAGUUGACCGUUUCGCUAACUAACAAUAACCGGAAAAAAUUUCGCGAGUCAUUGCCAAAGCAAAAAAAUUUGCGAAUUUCGUCGUGUCUCAGAGUUCAGAGUCCAUUAACUCGAGAAGUUUCGCUUACGAUCUAAAUAGUGCCAAUAAAAUUGCGAUUUUAACACAUGAAUCGAGACAUUUGUUAUUUAGCAUGAACUGUUGCAGGAAUUUAAACCGAUACGAAUGGUCUAAGAUUGUGGUAGUUGCUCAAUAUACUUCCAAUUAAAAACGACAUUAUUCCUAACGGUUGAAUUUUUUGUUAUUCACCAUCUUGGUGAUGAGCCAUAUGAAAUGGUGCCAAGUAGCUUACAUUGUUAGUUAAUUUUUUUACUGUUCCGAUAGUUCAUUGUAUGCCAAAAACGAACUGACAUGUCGUUAGAAAUUCGUACUAUUCCAAAUGAAUUAUAAAAUAUUCCAUUAAUAUAUGAAUUAAACUUAGUUCAGGGUUUUAUUGUUUGAAAACUUGUUUUUUUGUGAUAAUUUUUAGCACAAAAUGAAUUUGCAGUCGAUUAUUCCACAAUAUUUUCAGAAAAAAAUGAAAAACACGACAUUUUUUCCCCAACUCGUACACGUGCCAAAAUAAUGUUAGAGGAGAAAAAUGAGCAAUGUUUAGAAUGUCGCCAUUGUGUAAAGACCACUGUCUGAUUUUUAAACCCUCGUUGAAGAACCACCUUUUUAUUAUUAAUUUAUCCGAUGUUGAUACAAAAUAUUACAAAAUGGAAUAGAAAAUAGGCACGAUGCAAAAAAUCACGAAAAUCAUGUGAAUAUAUAAAUAAAUAAAUGAAAUUUAAAUUUAAAAUGGUUCCAUUCGGAGGGAAAAUAAAUUCGAAUGUAACUUCGAAAUUUCAAUGGCAAGCUCAAUAUCCAAAAGCCACAAAAAUGUUGCUACGCUCAAAUGUCCUUUCUCCCAUGAUUUUAUAUGUAUGAAUAAAUUGAUAUUUAAAUAUAUACCUCCAAAAAAUAAUACAUAUGAUUAAUUAUACUUGAUUUUUCGAAGUUUAAUUUAUUUAAUAAAAAUUAAAAAAUACAUUGAAAAGAUUGAGAAAUAUUUAUUUAUGUGUUAAUUUGCUCUGUAAUAGAAUAAUAUACAGAGAUGCUUUUGCAAGUGAGGAAAUUGAGAGAUUUGAUAGCAGGUCGACGAGAGAUAUCGAAAAGAAAAUUUUCAAAUGGAAAAAAAAGAUUAAACUCUUCGAGCGCUGCCACACUUUUAUGUAUGCGAUUAUGAAGUUUUUUCCUUUAUUAUGAAUACAUGAUUGCAUGAUAAAAUGCACAAAUAAAUAAAUAAGCGAAUGGAGUCAUUUAUUCAUCGGUAGAAACGGUUGGAAUGAAAUUGCAAAAAAAAAUUAUGAGAAUUGUUCCAGGUUCACAUAAACACGACUUUGUCAUUUUUCUUUUGCCUUGCACUGUGUAAGUGUGUGUGUGUUUUUCAUCACUUUUAUUUCUGCGCACAUUCAUAAUUUUAUUCGCAGCGGCACGCAGUAAACAGCAGAAUAAUUAUUUGCAAUACAAAUUUAAAUGUAUAUCGUAACAAUGUACAGUUAAAUUAAACGACUAAUAUUUGCCUAUCGA